UUCAGAGAUGAGUGCAGCGACGGUAAGUGUGCGUUUCCUCCGCCUAAGCUUGGUAUCUACAGAGCAUCGUUCAGGAUUAUGCCACUCGCCUGAGGCAAGGAGUGCCCGAAGAUGGUGUUAUCAGAGAAUUUCGCGAGAGAUUCAGACAUCGGUUCCAGGAACUAUGCAUAGUACAUCUGUCGUUCCUAAUCGACGUUCCGUGGAAUAUGUUUGAGCAGUUGAGCACACCACCACAAGACUUUAUGCACAAAUCUGCUCUCAAGCGAUUGCUGAUUGGUGCGAAGAUUAACCCACAACAACUGAGAACGGACCUGAUACCUACCCACUUGGCAAGCAACUUGAUCAGUCUGAUUGAUCGACUGGAUUCGGAUGAAGCUUGUUCCAUGGAAGGCAUCUUUCGCAAGACCGGUCACAUACUUCGCAAACGACAGUUACACGAGGCCCUCGUUCAGCCUUCUUUCAAUCCAAACUGCUUCUUGUGGGAUGCGUACAGCACUCACGAUUUGGCCUCAGCAUUGAAGUCUGUCCUCAUCAAGCUUCCAUGUCCGUUGCUCACUGACCGUCUGACCCCUCUGUUCCUUCAGGUGGCCGGUCUGAAGAAGGUGGACUCGAAAAUGAACGCCUUCGAAUCGGUGAUGUUGCCGCAGUCGGCCAAUCGCUCGACAGAGGGGUCCACCAUAGACAACAAGGAUUCGGUGGUGAACACCAUCCUUGUAGAGAGCAAACAAAUUAAAGCCCUCCGGAUUCUACUCCAACUGCUGCCACAGCCGAAUAAACGCGUUCUGGUGCGACUACUCCGGCUACUACUUCGAGUGGUCAAACUGGAAUCGGAGAACCGCAUGAACAGCGUCUGUCUGGGCACGGUGUUCGGACCGGUACUGUUCCCUAACAAUGUGAUAGAAAAUUUGAGCUCAAGCACAAAAUCUUCGAAAUUUCUCCCCAUCGAAUGUCAUGAGCGAUACAAGCGCAUGGCUUCUAUGGCCACCACUCUGCUUGAAGUCGGAAUGGAUGUAUUCUUGAUACCACUGUCUCUUGCCGAGGACAUACACGCGAACAGCUCGGAGUUGACACACACUAUGGUUGGUGGAGACACAUUGAGUUGUUCGAAGCGAGUGCAAUCCUCGCCGAUUAAUCAAACGUGUGCCCGAUAUGCCUCAGGUGCGGCUCACCUUUCCCGUCGUUGCGACGCUGUAUCAUCUCCUUCCGCCUGUUCCCCAUGUGGUCACUGCAGCGCAAUGGAAGGUUCUCCUCCAUUACGCAUGGGCAUCCGUUUCGCGACUCCCACUAUGGUCACCAGUGCAGUCUUCCACGGUUCGACUAUGGCAUCACUAACACCCACCUCUCCAUUUUCGAUACCGUCCAAGCAGUCCGACUCUCAUCAGUGCGGCCUGCGUCUGGAUGAAGCAGAGCGGAGAGGCACGGGGAGUGCGCAUUCGCAUCUGAAUCCUACUCAUUUGUCUGCUACAUUGGACGAUAGACUGGAGUUGCGAGGUCCUCCGACAACUUGUUCAUCGCUGUCGCCCCAUCUGGCGAAACCCGGAAUUGUGACGUUAGCGAGACGCAGCUCGAUUACCAUACUGCCUGUGCGUUGUGGAGAUACGAUCAACGAAGCCGAUCAGGUGGGCGCUUGCUAGUUAUUCUUGCUCGUUGUAUGUGUUUCUUUACAGUUCAUAUCUCGGUAUGUGCACCAGUUCGCUUACUUUGCUAAUGAGCUAACUCGUAGGCUUGUACCUCACAUCGUAUCCUCACCAAUAAUCUGGCACUCUACCUGUCUUUCAAGUCCAAUCUACUCGAGGCCGGAUAUUUCGCAAUCGAAUCGGCAAAUUGACUCGUCCCUAGAUUUUACCUUGGACGCGCAUUUAUAGGAGGCAGAACAAGUUACAUGUUCUACACGUUCUUGUUCUUACCGGUUCAUGUAACGCUGUUCUUCUUGGUGAAGCUCGUGAUUAGUUUGCUAACACAUGAGGUACAUGCUUUGGCAUCUAACUGAUCGUUAGUCUGUGGGCAUUACAUCAUUGUGAAUGGGUGAAUGUGAUACUAGCAUUGCGAACCAUUUAUUCUGAGAAUCAUUGUGCCAGGGAGGAUGGCUGUUCCAUCCGAUGCCCCAUUUGUCCUUAGAUAUGCUCUCAAUGCCACUUGUCUAAUUUGGCGCUCCUAAAACGCAUUAAGCUGUUCCGAUAGUGUCAAAACCACGAUGGAUUUUUCUAGUCUCAAUGGAGGUUGUCGAUUUUGGGAUUGGCCGCGUUUUUCAUGCAUUCCACAUCAUUGACAUGCUAUCAUCAAAUACAACAUCGUUCCUGAUUUAUCGCGUAAAAUUGUUCAUCCAUGUAGGCAGUCUGUGAGCGAAGUGAGUCUCGUUCACUACUGUUUGCUUUUUAAACGCUUCACAUGGUUGGUUGCCUUCGUGUGUUGAUUUCAUUCGAGCUGAUUGCGUUCAUAACUUUUCUUCACUCGUUACUUCUAUUCAUCGUUCUGAGGCGCUUCUGCUGAUAACAUGAGUUGUCUCAAAUAGUUGAACUGUGAACACUACGUUGUAGCGUCCCGUGGAAGAGUGAUUCGUGAUAAAAUAUUCACAAACGAUUGCCACAUCCAAAGGAGGUGAACCUUUGUGUCUGUGCACCGUUGGAUCUGGCCAUUAAUGGUGAGAUCGAUUCCAGAUUUGCACCCGAUGGCUAUGAAUUAGAUUUUCGCGCAUGAUGGAAUGCCGAACGUGUGACCCAACACACUCACUCCAUUGCACUGGAGUUGGUAAAUCUUCGGAGGCUGAUGGCCAGAACCAUAGCCGUCGAUUUCAUUUGUGCUGGCGCAUGUUUAGUAAAUCAAGCUUUGCUUGUCAGUGAAAUCGGCGCUGGGUAGCAUGGUCUAUCGUCAGCCACAAGUGCUCCACUGAAGAUCUCUCCUUCCAAUGAACCAGUUCACUCACACCAUUGUGCCGUGAGCGGCAGUCAUCAUAGUGAUAGUUAUGGGAGUUGAGACGAACUAUCAACUCUCCUAGCAGCAUGCACGUUCGCAUAUAUUUCCCUGAAAGAUCAAGUGAGUCAGUUCGAUUGCUUAUAUGGUGAAUCAGACUUGGUCACACCACAUUAAUCUCGGAUAUAUAAUUAACCCUUUCUCACUUUUUAACAAUCUCCAUCCACAGAGUCCGAUGAAGCAGGCAUCCUCUGUUUCCCAUUUGGACGGUGUAGCUAAAUGCGAAUUGGGCAAGAAACGUCGUUACACGGAGAUGAAGUUGCCCAGUUGCAUGCAGCAGCGGAAUGGUCAACGUCGAAAUAUAUUCUCCCCCUGUCCAUCUCUUCGUUUCCUUCAAUUUCGUCGCGCGUUUCCCGAUAAGUAUGAUUCGUCACACGCGAUGCCUCCAUUGGAUACCCCGUUUCCCGAGCAUCGUGUCGUGGCGCCUGCUAUGUCAUGGUGAUGCGACAUGACGACUUUCAUAAAGGAAAACGUUUUGCUCUGGUGCGAUUGUCGAUUCAUCUGACCACGCCUGCUUGUACAGUGUUAUGCGCCAUGAUCAGCUGAUUAUUUUGUACUUUUAUUAUGCUAUAAAUUGCUUCAUCAGCUUUG